AUGGAGAAGGCCUUCUCCGGUGGAGAAGAAGGAGUGUUAGCUUUUCCGGCGGAGAAGAGGGAGACAUGUUAUGAAAUAUGUUAUGGAGGGCAAUACCUGCUGAAAAGAACAACGGUUUUUUUUAUUCAGACGGGAAAAGAGCAUCGAGAAAGAAAAAAGGAGGAUGAAAAUGAAAAAAGUGAGAGGAGCAACAUGAAAGAAAAUGAAAAAGUGAUCAAUAAUCCAUGUGUUUGUCAAGAAGACUAUCUCAAAGAGUUUCAUCCAUUGUCAUGCCAGAACCUUCCAUCUGAAAAUGUCGAAACUCUCUUCUCUCUUGUCAUCGUCAUCGGUGCUUCGGAACGAGUAUUUAGAAGUGUGGAUCUGCACUGUCCAUCUGACCAGGAAAGACCUGAAGAACGCGUGUUGCACAACGGAAGCAUGAAUAUGGAAUUUCGGACAAAUGGAAAUAAUUUUUUCAUAUUCUUAUUAUCACAUUUUUUUACUAGAUUUUCAUUUUUAUUUUAUAGUAGAUUCUGCUAA